UGAAGUUCAGCGCAGCCAUUUUUGAAGUGAUCGGUAUCGAAUCGAUGGCUGUGCCAGCGUUGGAGAGACACAUACGCUGGAUUUCUGGCAAAGUCGACGGAAUGGAUUCGUAAAUGGAGAGUGAUGUCAAAAUGGAAUAAUGUAAGGAUUUAAAACUGCUUGGUGACAAUAGACCUCGCUGUUUUGUCGAGGGAGGUAUUAGGUACCUGAGAACGUGCGGUAAACAGUGGCGUCGAAUAAAGGGAGUUGUGUAUUAUACACACGGGUGGAUUUCUACUGUGUUUAGAUAGUGAAAAUGGUUGUUCUAACCAACGGAAUGUGGAAGUGUAUGUGUGUCGUGCUGUGGCUUAUGCUACAGAUAAUUCCUAAUUUAUGUUUCAUGGUUGUUAUUCCGCGUGUUGCUGAAAUUGGAAGUGAAGUGUUCAAUGUGAGUCAUGGGCCCGGUUGGUCUUACAGUGUAGACAUUUACAGCACGAGCGCCCGGGCCCUCGGGUUUGUGACGCUUGACUCUACCACGGGGGUAGUGUAUCUCAAUAAAAAAAUGCCAUGUUGGAAAGAGGACCGUCCCUCAUUAUACAGGGUGUUAGCCAGGAAAAAUACCCAUCAAACACGAGGACAGGUGCCCGCUAAUCAUACCGUUACUACCCUGUUAUUACAGGGGGAACAUUGCCUAACUCUUGUGGAUCAUAGAAAACAAAAACGGACGAAUCACGACCAGGUGUAUUUCAUUGUCGUCUAUGGUACCAUUUUAAAUGAAAACGGUUGUCUUCAGCCAGAUCAAAACAUUUUAUAUAUCAAUCAUAACAUUCCAGUAUCAUUCCAAUCAUGCAAUAAUUUCGUAACCAGUAUCGAUACUCCAGGUGUGAUUCAUGACAGGAAAACGGAUUCCAUUCUCACCGACAGACAGGUAUGCUUACACAGCCAUGACUGGACUAUCAAUUUUAAUCUUAUAAUGUAUUGUAAAGGCAUGGAGACAGAUAUGAAGGUGAAUGUCGUGGUCCAUAAUUUAAGGAAUGUCCAAAACACCCCCACUAUGUAUGAAGUUAGACAGGCUUCCAAUCAUAUGCGUUUAAAACGAGCUAUUGCAAUAAACAAUCCCCCAGAAUUUGAACAAAAUAUGUAUACCAAAAGUGUCCUGGAGGAACAAAAUCCUGGCUUUCAUGUGAUAACGAUUACGGCCACAGAUCCAGAUACUGGAAACGAUGGCACACUGACCUACAGUUUGGAGGCUACUAGUGACCAGAGGAGUAAGGAAAUGUUCGCCAUUCAUCCCAUCAUGGGGCGUGUCAACACGACCAAGCGAUUAGAUCGUGAAGAAAUUCGUGUCCAUUACCUUCAAGUUAUAGCAACAGACAACGGUUCUCCUUCUAGACAGGCCCAAACUUUUCUAAACAUUGAAGUGGCAGAUGUAAAUGACCAUGCUCCAGUAUUUGAGAAGAGUGUUUUUUACCAAGAUGUCAAGGAAAAUAUUGGUAUUUCAACUACUAUUAUGUCUGUUAGGGCUACAGAUAAAGAUUCUGGUGACAAUCAGGAGAUACGGUAUAGAAUUAUAAACCCGUCGGGACCAGCUGGUCAGACAUUCAUGAUUGACCCUAUAUCUGGAAGUAUAACAACAAAGACACUGCUGGAUAGAGAAGCAACGGCCACCUAUCAGCUAUUGGUACAAGCCAUGGAUCAAGGAGAGACAUCCAUGAGGAAGUCUUCUACGGCUACCCUCAACAUCAACAUACAGGAUGUGAAUGAUAACAGUCCACAGUUCUCACAGAAACAAUACACAGUCAAUAUACCAGAAAGUCACGAUUAUACUUCGUCCCCAGUCAUUGCCUAUGUGUCGGCUACUGAUGCUGACCAGGGCAAUAACAAAAUCAUAACAUACCGCAUCUUCGGUGGAAACACCGACAAUACCUUCAAGAUAGACAGCAGCACAGGUGAGUUGUCGAUUCAGUCGGCAUUGGAUAGAGAAAGAGUGGAGGCAUAUUCUCUCUUAAUUCGUGCCCAGGAUGGUGGGUCACCAAUGAGGUCAAAUACAACGGUAGUCGAUGUGAACGUUUUGGAUGUUAAUGACAACGACCCAUAUUUUUAUGCACCCCCAUACCAACACUCGGUAAAAGAAAAUGUUGAUGUCAACACCACUGUGCUGUCUGUCCAAGCCACAGACAAAGAUACUGGACUCAAUGGUGAACUGUUUUAUUCUUUAUUGUCAACACCAGUUGAUUUUCCAUUUAAAAUUGAUGAAAAUACAGGUGAUAUAAAGGUCAAGUUACCAUUGGAUAGAGAGACUGGGGAAAUGUACAACUUUGUUGUAAAAGUCCAAGACAAAGGUACAAAAGUAAGGUCUGCCACAACAGAUGUACAAAUCAUAAUCAGCGACGUCAAUGACAAUCAUCCUGAAUUUCGUUACGAUGUUUACAAUCAGACAGUCCGUGAGGAUGAGGAACCUGGCUCCAAAGUAAUUCUGAGUUUGACCGCUAUGGAUGCAGAUAGUGGUGAUAAUGCAUUGGUAGAUUACUCAAUAGUUUCUGGGAAUCAAGAUGAUGCUUUUAGAAUAAAUACUCUCAACGGAGAAGGUCUGAUAAAAGUUAACAAACCCCUUAACUACAAACUAUAUCAGAGGUAUGUCCUUGUUGUCCGUGCCACGGAUAAAGGAGGGAAGUCCGACACUGCUGAGGUUCAUAUUCUUGUUCUGGACACCAAUCGUCACACACCCGUAUUCCAGGGAACUCCCUACACUAUCAAUGUUGAAGAAAACACUGCCAUUGACACAUUUGUGUACCAAGUAUUGGCCUUGGAUGAUGAUGUUGGAGAAAAUGCUCGACUGACAUACGAACUGCAUGGAUCCACUUCAUUUCACAUUGAUGCUGCUACAGGCGAAAUUUUCACACGGGUAGAGUUAGAUAGAGAAAAGAAAACUGGUGAAGCAUUUUAUGUAACUGCUCAAGACCAUGGUGUCCCAUCCAAAACUGCAACCACUGAUGUCACUGUCAUUAUUAAUGAUGUAAAUGACAAUAAUCCAGAGUUUGCUCAAAAAUCCUAUGAAGAGGACGUUAUGGAAAAUGCUCAAGAUGGAUUUAGAGUCCUACAGAUAUCUGCAACAGAUAGAGAUGAACUGGAAAAUGCUUUUAUUCAGUACACAUUUGAUGGAGGAAAUGAUGGUGGUGGCGAUUUUGAAAUUGAUUCUGCAUCUGGUACCAUUCGAGUGGCUGCACCAUUGGAUAGAGAAACCAAAAGCCGUUAUGUGUUGAAAGCUUUUGCUGUAGACAAGGGUAUCCCCGCCCGCUCUACUUCUACCACGAUCACGAUUCGUGUGCUGGAUAUCAACGACAAUAAACCAGUUUUUCCUAGUAGCACUAUUGAAAUAAAAGUGAUGGAGAACAUCCCUUUGAAUUCGGUUGUUGCUCAAGUGUCUGCCGUUGAUCCAGAUGAGGGGGUCAAUGCUGAGGUUGAAUAUGAAAAAGCUGGAGGUGGUGAUGCCGACAGCUUUAAGUUGGAACAUCGUCCAGGUGGUCCAGCUGUUCUAAAAAAUUUGAUAUAUCUUGAUUAUGAAGAAACUAAAAAGGUGUAUCAAGUAUUGAUCAAGGCAUGGUCUCAUCCAUUCUUCAGUGAAGCUCUUGUACUCAUCAUGGUUCAGGAUGUUAAUGACAAUGAACCCAUUCUAAAGGAUUUUACUAUCAUUUUCAACAACUUUGUAGACAAUUUCAUUACGGGAGUCAUAGGACGCGUCCCUGCCACAGAUCCGGAUGAGAUUGACAGAGAUAAACUUAUUUAUGAGUUUGUUGCUGGAAACGAAGCCGAAUUCCUCCAUCUGAACCAGUCUACAGGGCAGAUAACUCUAGAUUACAGACUUAACUCUGAUGUUCCCAGGAAUGGCACCUUCCAAGUAAAAGUGUCUGAUGGUAAGAAUGAUGUCAAAGCAACCUGUCAACUGUACGUGCGGUUGGUGCGGGCAGAGAUGUUGCAGAACAGUGUUACAAUCCGACUGAACAACAUGACACAGACAGCCUUUCUAUCCCCUCUCUACAAGUUUUUUGUGGAUGCCUUGGCAACCAUUAUGUUGACGGAAGAAAAACAUGUGUUUGUUCUCAACAUCCAGAAUGACACUGAUGUGAGCACUCAGAUUCUGAAUGUUAGCGUGUCGGUCCGCAAACCUGAUGGGACAUUUCACUCGGCUGAGUACCUUAAGGAACAGAUCUAUCUACAGCGAAUCUUACUGGCCAAUCUCUCCACUCUUCAGGUGCUGCCAUUUGAUGACAACUUGUGUGUGAUAGAACCAUGCCCUAACUUUGAGAUCUGUUUGUCACACGUGUCCUUUGACCAAGCUGCACCCUUUAUAACAUCGGACAUGAUGUUGUUCCGCCCAAUACGUCCAUACAACGGCAACACCUGUAAAUGCCCGACAGGUUUCACAGGAAUGACGAAGGAUUUUCUGUGUGACUCCGAGGUUAACUUGUGCUACAGCAGUCCUUGUGUGAACGGAGGAACAUGUGUGCGAAGAGAGGGAGGAUACACCUGUCAGUGUGGCGAGAACUUUACAGGGAGAAACUGUGACAUCAACAUGACCACAAAGUAUGAUGGUGCCUCCUGUCCCCAUGACCUCUGUCAGCCCCCGUCCACCUGUGUCCCCCUCAUCAAGGGAGGUUUCCGCUGUGAGGGCUGCCCCUCUGAACCACACUUCAACAGAUUCUGUCAGCUGACUACACGGCGGUUCCCUAAGGGCUCCUUUCUCACCUUCCCUGCCCUUAAACGACGAAACAGGUUCACUAUUCAACUCAAAUUUGCCACUCAACAACAAAAUGGACUAUUAUUUUACAAUGGUCGAUUUAAUGAAAAGCACGACUUCAUUGCCCUGGAGUUGAUUGACAGUCAAGUACAGUUUUCAUUCUCACUGGGGUCCAACAUCACCACCAUCUCCUCCAGUGUACAGGGCGGCCUCAGCAAUGGAGAAUGGCAGCAGGUUGAGAUUCGCUAUGUCAACAAAACUGUCACCUUGACUGUAGGAGAAGAUUGUGACACACAAAUCUUUGUGAUGUAUGGCGACCAGAUCACAAACAACUCCUGUGCCUCACGGAUAACACAUUUCCUCCCUGACAUGUGUGCUAUCAAUACCAACAUUUGUUACCGUUUGUUGGACUUAACGGGACCAUUCCAGAUAGGAGGGCUUCCACGUCUUCCCUCCACCUUCCAGAUCCAGAACAAGGACUUUGAAGGCUGUAUGAAGGACAUUUACAUAGACAAUGAACUGCUCGACCUUAACAAGUCUGUGUCAAACAUUGGUACACAGAUGGGUUGCAUGGAAAAGAAGAACUUCUGUGCUGAAUCUCCAUGUCGGAUGGGAGGUACUUGUGUUAAUGGCUGGGGUGUCUACAGAUGUGAGUGUCCAAUCAAAGCUGGGAACAAAGACUGUAGUCAAGGUAUUGAUGCACCAAAGGGAUUGAAUGGAGCAGGCUUCCUAAGAUACAGCAAUAACUCUUUGAGCAGUGUGGAGAUAUUUACAACAUGGUACAAUGGUCUGUCCUUCAGAACACGGGCCAAGUCAGGAACUCUAAUGUACAUCACUCUUGUCAACGGUCAUUCCAUCCUUAUGCAGCUGAUUGACGGCUAUGUUCAUUACAGCUACACAAAUGAUGAUGUGACUCAGAACUUCCCCUUCAGUGCUGUCAAGGUCAAUGAUGGCCAGUGGCAUUACUUUGAGGUCAGGUGGCAGGAUCGUGGUCAGCUUCUCUUUCUCCUUGACUACGGACACUGGCAGAAAGUUGACUCUGUCAUGGGAAGUUUACAAAACCAGAAGAUUGAGCAGAUAUAUGUGGGAGCUGAGAGGAGAGGCACUGGCCCCAUAUCUAAAGGAUUUGACGGUUGUGUACAGGACAUGCGAGUAGGGAACACCCCAAGUUCCAUCCUCAUCAGACCCCAGGGUCACAAUGUCCAGGAUGGCUGCUCUGUUGCCAAUCCGUGUGAUGACAACCCCUGUACUGCUGGCGCCACCUGUGUAGAUGAGUGGGGAGACUACUCUUGCAUCUGUCCCCCAGGAACCCUUGGCCCUCAUUGUGAAGAUAUCUGUCAGACAUACAAUCCGUGUGAGAACUGGGGUAACUGCCGUGGCCCAUCAUUUGGUCAGAGUAUCAACUAUACAUGUGACUGUGGACUGAAGACCAGUGGUAACCACUGUGAGAUUGUUACUGAGCAAUCAUGUCCAGCCUCAUGGUAUGGACACCCGAUUUGUGGCCCCUGUAAAUGUUCCAGACAGCUGGGCUACAACCCGGCCUGUAACAAGACUACAGGAGAGUGCUACUGCAAGGAAAACUACUACCGACCUGCAGGAUCCGAAUCCUGUAAAAGCUGUGACUGUUACAGCUACGGGUCUAAGAACCAGUCCUGUCAUCCCAUCACAGGCCAGUGCCACUGUAUAGACACUGUGAUUGGCCGACGCUGUGACCAGUGUGCUAGUGAAUUUGCAGAGGUCAAUCUACGCAAAGUUGGCUGUUCUGUGAAUUACUACAUGUGUCCCCGUAGCCGUGCUGAUGGAGUAUGGUGGAACAGCGUGCUGUUUGGAAACCAGACAGUACAAGACUGUCCUGAUGGAGCUGUAGGUGAUGCUAAGAGAAACUGUACCAAGGAUGGGAAAUGGCUGUCACCAGAUCUGUUUAACUGUACCCAUACGGACUUUCUCUCUCUCCAGACACAGAUUAAUAAGAUAGAGUCGGGAGACUUGAAGAUCACGACUUUCGUUGCCAAACGAAUAAUGAGAACACUUCGAGAUGCAGUGAUGAAGGCCGCACGACUCUUUGGAAAUGAAAUAAACAUCACGUACCGCAUCCUUAAUCAGACUUUAACUUACGAGGUCCAACAGACCGGCUUGAGUCUAACCUCGGAGCAAGACAGUACAUACUUACAGAGCAUGCUGGAUAUCCUAAGUACUGUGAUGGACUCCCGCUACAAUAACGACUGGCUGGUCAUCAACAAAAACUCUGGCGGCAUUGCUGAGCUGCAGUGGAAACUGGAGAAGUACUUGGCCAUUUUGUCAGAAAACCUUGCAACCCUACAGAGUAAACCAUACAGUGUGGUAUCAGAAAAUAUUGUUCUGGUAAUGGACAACUUGUCAGCAGAAAAUUUCUCAGGCCAGAGAAUUCCCAAGUUUAACAACAUUGUGAAGCAGGAUACCUUUGAUGAUGAUACUUACAUCCUAUUGUCUAAGUCUGUAGUUUCUACACCCCUUCCCCCAGAUCCAUUUGCACCGGUCUUUGAAGCUAUCUCGUCAUCCACAGCAUAUGUUGGCUUCAUUAUGUACAAGAACCUUGGCGACAUACUACCAAAGAGAUUUGAUAGAACUAUCAGACAAAUUGAGGACCGCCCACUAGAUGUGAAUGCCCCGGUGAUCACGCUCCUGGUGAGAGACCAGGGGGAGCUUGUGACCGGGGCACUGUCUGAGCCUAUCAAAUUGGUAUUCAAGCAAGACAUGACAGUGAACAGGUCCAGUCCACAGUGUGUCUACUGGAAACAUCAACCCAAUUCGUAUGUAGGUGAAUGGUCCACCGAUGGCUGUGAGAUGACUGAUCGGUAUGAACGGGAACUCCUGGAUGGGAGUGAUCGUGCCGUACUGCAGAUAUUCGUAGAGUGUUCCUGUGACCACAUGACUUCCUUCGGGGUCCUCAUGGAUGUAGCAGACUCGGAGUAUGUUGCCAAGGGUGCCAUUUCCCUGGAAGUGAUCAGCUUUAUUGCCAUAGCGAUUGCAUUAAUCUGCCUGUUUGUGGCAUUCUUCAUCUUCAUGUGCUUCAAACAUCUCCAGAGUAACGCUAACAGCAUCCUCAUCAACCUGGUAUUUACCAUCUUCAUAUCGGACCUUGCAUUCAUCUCGGGCGUUUAUAGGACGGAACCAGAGCUGUUCUGUCGGUUGGUGUCUAUAUCACUCCACUACUUUUACCUGUCCGCGUUCUCCUGGCUCUUUGUGGAGAUGUUGCACCUGUAUCGUCGCCUCACCGAAAUCAGGGACAUCAACUAUGGCUCCAUGAAGUUUUACUAUCUCAUUGGAUAUGUGAUACCAGGGAUCAUUGUUGGACUGUCUGUCGGGCUGUACACAGAUGGCUAUGGUGGCUCACAAUUUUGUUGGCUUGACAUGGCCCAGGCGUUCAUUUGGAGUUUCGCCGGACCAGUUGUAUUUGGAGUAUUGGUGAUUAUCCUAACAUUUAUACUAGCACUUAAGGCAAGUUUUAGAGAAAAGAUCCAUGUCAACGAUAUUGUUGGAUUCAGGGCUCGUAUAUUCUGUGGCCUGGCCAUCCUGUUGUUGCUGGGCAUCACCUGGAUACUGGGGCUUGUCUCUGUCAACUACAACAUGGUGCCACUCCAUUAUGCAUAUGCCAUCUUCUCCUUGGCUGAGGGCGGCUUCAUCUUUGUGGCCUAUAUUGUCGGUGACAAGAAGGUGCGUCUUCAACUAAAGAAGCAGUGGUACAAAUGUCAGGGCAAGAAAAUGGAACUGACGGAGAACUUGGGUGCCACACGAAGCUCGAGAUCAGCUCUGGCUUAUCGUACCGACAAUUCUAUGGACGGAUGUCUUAACAGGACAAUGAAUGUUGGGAUAUCUACGACAUCAACGACUAGUCGGUCGACCAGCAAGAGUUCGGGAGGUCUGUACAAGGGUGAGGACUACCUUCGUAGUACCAGUACCUCUACCUCCGGCCAUGUCCCCUCCGAAAGCUUGUAUCCACCUAACGCAGGGAUCCCGCCCUAUGGAUACGACCUCAAGGCUUAUCACGAGAAAAGACCAAACGGCACUAAUGAUCACAUGGACGGCCCAAAUAAACGUUCUGGGAAUGACUCGGACUCCGACAGUGAUGGAUCAGUGGGACGUGCUAGCCUCAGUCUGGCGUCCAGUCACUCCUCCGAUGACGAAGAUGAUGUCGCUUUUACAUGGGAGAAAGAAAUACCACUGAAUCAGAAAGUUGAGGAAGCCAAAGAACAGGCAAGAAAGAAAAAGAAAGAAAUGGAUGAGGCAGAAAAACAGAAAAACAAUACAGUUAACCCGCCACUAUACAACCAAAUACAACAACAACAACAGUAUGGCCAUUGGCCUGGGGACCCAAACCUGUCUGGAUUCCAGUUUACAGAGUCUGAAGACUAUCGCCAGUCGGACCAAGUCACCAUGUCUAGUGUUCCUCCAGAUGUUACACUGCCUGCACAGGAACUACAAGCUAGUCACAGGGACUAUAUUAUGCCACCUGUGCGGACAGACAGUCUGUUGAAUGACUCAAGCAGUAGUAAUACUCAUGGACCAUUCCACCCCCCUCAAGACCCUCGUGUCAAGGUGCAAGUCCUAACUCAUAAUGGCAGCAUAUCCUCAGAUUCAGAAUGCAGCCAUGAAACCUCAGUAUGACAGUGCAUGUCCGCAUGAUAUCGCCACGGUAACGUGACCUAUUGCCAAAGUUUCUGACGAGGAUUGUGCAUUUACAGACCUGGAUUACUGUGUGAACCUCCAGUUACAAUUGAUCUCAGCUGUCCUGGCCGGUCAUCUACUCAUUGUCAUUUGAUUUUGUAUCCAUUUUUGCAUAACCUUGUCUUCAUUUCAUUGUCAUUUUCAUCGUCAAUAUCAUUUCACCAUGGUGCGCAUGAUUAUAUAAUCACUCAGAAUUAAGUAUAUAUACAAUGUAUCUACAAAUUAAAGAGAUGAAAUCCAUAUACAUGUUCAAUACUUAUUACCAAAUGUACAAUUUAUAGAAUUAUUUGUAGGUUAGGACACGUUUAUGACAAUUAUAACCGUUAUAUUAAAGUAGCUGUAUUGGAACAAUAUAUCGUAGUGUUGUAAAAAAGAUGUGAUUCAAAUUUCCUCAUUUGAUGUGGGAAGUAAAAUAUUUGUAAUAAUAUAGACCGUGUGGAGUCGAGAACUUGUGUGUGCUCAGUAUUUAACCACUGUCAUGCUAGUCGUGUAUUUAAUUAUGAGGAAUGCUACAGGAAACAAAGAAAAUGUAUAAUACAUUAUUAUUAGUUGUAUAAUACAUUAUUAUUAGUAUCAGAAGGAAAUAUAAUUACAACAGUAAGAAAUUCGACAACGGUUGAAGAAAUUAAAGAUGGCAAAAGUGACCAAAAAAUUAGGUAAUUAAAAGACAUUAAAUAUUUUUAACGUCUAAAUACAAAGCAUUGUUGGAUUAAAUGACGAUUCCUUUGAAUUACUGCACAUUUAUACCAAAGAGUUAUGGUCUGCUACAUUCAUGAGGAUUAUUGUCCUAUAGCUCCACCAAACCUUUUUGACUAUAUAUGUAUCUGUAUAUUUGAUACAGCCCAGUGCCAUGUUAAUGCAGCAAAGAAUUUUUUCGGUGCUUAAAAUUCAGGUUUUGCAAUUACGUGUAAGAAAUCCAAUUAAAAUGUAGACCUUGUACAACUAUGUGAGUUUGAUGUUAAACAAAUCUGAUCUUGCGUUACAUGUAGGUUCGAUAAGUGUAUUUAAAACUGUAAUUAAUGCGGCCAUAUUGUGAUGUUAUCAAUUUGUAUAUCCAGGAACUACUAUAAUACUGGGUGUGUUAUUUUAUAACUUUCUACAUUUUUGAAAUCCACAUUUAGGACAAUUAUGCAAAUAUAAACAUCAGAUUUCUUGCUUCUAUAAUAGUUAUUUUGCGUCCAGUAUUUUUUUGUGAAAGUUUUGUAUAUUUGGACUUGUGUUCUAUAUACGUUUAGCUCUAUAUUCAAUUGUAGAUUGUGUACAUGUUUCUCAUUCAAGAUUACAUUAUCAGUAUUAUGAUUUAAAUUACACAAAAAAUUAUGACGCAAUACCUGUACUAGGAGAUACCCCAGAUAUAAUAAUGAUGGAACUCGUCACCUUUUAGACUGUAUUCAUGCUACCUAUUUUGUACACAAGUUUCAAAUGAUUUUCCAAUAGCUGUAGGUCUAUAAAGUCACCAAGCCAUCGGAAAGUGAAUUGUAUCUGGUACCUUUGGCCAUUCUAUAUCAUGUUAGCAAUGCAACAACUUCUAUUGCUAAAAAAACAUUUAUUAAUGGAAAAUUAACUGCACUUACUAAUUCACAUUCGUGUAAUUUUUCAAAUCACCAUAAAUUUGCAAAGCUUUGUGGUACAUGUUUAAAAACAUAAGCAAGUGUGCCAUGUGUAUAUCAUUUUUAAGCAAGGAAAAUUUUGUCCGCGAACCAAUUAUUUGCGCAUGAAAAAAAGACUUUCUUUAAAUUUAAAUUUAAAUAAGGAGCACAGAAUUGAACACAAAUGUGUAUUAAACUCGUUCGAUAGGGUGGAACUGGUUAUAGAUCCAAAUAUUUCAGGAGAAAAUCUUGCAGCUUUCAUAAAUCUGUUAAACAAUUAUAAUACACACAUGUUGAUAACUUUAACAUUGUACUGUAUACUAUUACAUAUUGUACGUCCAAAUCAGUUGAUAACAUUUUUUUUUUUUUUUUUACAUUUUUGCACAAUGUAAUAAUUGCCUUUUAAAAUGCUUGUCUGUGAUGAAGUGAUGUGAGAAUUUUUAAUACAUUAUAUGUGUGUGUAUUAUGCUAUAUUUGAGAACUUGUCAGUUUGUAUGAAUUAAAGUGUAUGAGAAGUUGUCACACAUUUUAUAAUGUAACCAUAUAAACCCAUGUGAGAAUGGUGUAAUUUAUUAUUGAUACCUGUCGGAGGAUAAAUAGAUCAAAUAUUGUAUACACAAAUGUACAGAUUUAUAAAUGUGCUCAUUUGAGGGUCCUGUACCUGUACAGGAAUGUGUUUUUAUAGAAAAAUGUGAAAAAUUAAAAAUUAUUGAAUUGUA